AUGGCAGACCCGCAGCAGAUACUGUCACAUACCUAUGCUGCAUUCUCUGCAGAGCUAUCUCAAAUUGGUCUAAUGAUGGAAAAACACAAUUCUAUGAAGGAGUUACUGAUAAAUCUAUGCAAGUCGUGUCUGAACGGAAAUUUGACAGUGGAAACAACAGUUAAAGCAUUUAGUGAACUACAGGAAACAUUACCAAAUGGUUCAAUUGGACAAAUAUUAGCCGAUAUUUUUGCUACACUUGGUAAUGAUCCAUUUUCAUCAUUCGCUUUAUAUUCAUACCCUUUGUUUAUUAUUGCUUUAGAUAUUGAAAUUUUCCCAGCGGAUGAAACCACAAAAGAAACAUACAAACAAAAAUUUUUUCAUUUAAUCAACAGUUCAGAACACGUUGUGUCAACAUCGUUAUUAAUGGAACGCCUAGAAAUCGAAACAUUAGAAUCUCUUGAUUUAAUUGUUAAUCGUGAAAAUUUUAGUCAAAAAUAUGUUCGAAUUAAAACACGUUUAUUUUAUAAACAACAAAAAUUUAAUUUAUUACGUGAAGAAAGUGAAGGUUUUUCCAAAGCAUUAACAGAAUUAAAUCAAAAUUUUAAUUUAACAUUGACAACAGCUGAUAUCCUUUAUGAUCGAAUCAUGGCAUUAAUCGGCUAUUUUGAUAUAGAUCCAAAUCGUAUAUUAGAUUUAGUUUUAGAAUCAUUCGAGUGUCAGAUAAAACACUCACAAAUAUUUAUACAAUUAUUAAAACUACUUCAUUUCGAUCCCAAAACAAUAUGUCAAUUACUUGGAUUUAAAUUUCAAACAUAUAAAUUGAAUCCAUCCGUUAAUGAACUUACUGAUACAUACAACAAAGAAUUAGAACAAGCUCGUUCUUCAAAAAAGACAACAGUUUCAUUGGGAACAAUAACAGCUGAUAAUAAUAAUAAUAAUAAUAAUAAUAAUAAUAAUAAUAAUAAUAAUAAUAAUAACAACUCAAAUACAAAAUCUAGAGAAAAUUCAUUGAAACCAAAUAAUCAAGUAUUAAAUUUACUACGUUCACUAUUAGCCGUUGGUGAUUUAAAAAAUGUUAAUAUUAUAUUUGAUUUAUUACCUCGAUGUGCAUGUACGUCAUACAGAGAAAUAUAUACAACUCUUUGUAAAAUUAUAGAUUAUAUUAUUGAUCCAUUAUAUAAAACUCAUGCUGAUUUAAAUAAAAAAUUUCUCAGUUAUAAAAUAUUAUAUCCAUUGAAUGUUAUAUAUACGAUGUCUGAUUCUCGAUUGACUCAAGUGUCCACAUUUAAUGAAUUUCGUGUUCAAUUACUACCACUAUUGCUUCAUUUGGGUCCAUAUUGUCAAGAUCGUCUAUUAUAUAUGAAAUUAAUACGUAUAUGCACAACAAUCAUGAAAACAAAAUAUGAUGAUCUAUCAAAAUUAGAUGCUGGUGGUGGAGAUUCCGAUGAACUUUAUGAAAAUUUAUUACUCAUUAUUGAUGAAUUAUUGUUACCAUCGUUGUCUUUAAUGGAUAUGAAUGGAUGUAUGGCCAUUGAAUUAUGGAAUCUAUUGAAAUUAUUGCCAUUUGAUGUACGAUAUAAAUUGUAUUCAAAAUGGCAAGAAGAUACAUAUAAACUAUCCACUCAUUUAAUGCAAGUCAAAAAUGAAGUAGCAGAAAAAUCAAAAGCAAUAUUGAGACGUAUUACAAAAGAUAACGUUAAAACGUUUAGUCGUCAAAUAGCAAAAAUUACACAUUGCAAUCCAACUAUUAUAUUAUAUUGCAUAAUUGAUCAAGUUCAACGGUAUGAUAAUUUUAUUAAUGUAAUUAUUGACGCAUUGAAAUAUUUAUCUCCAUUGUCCUACGAUGUUGUUUGCUAUAUGAUAUUACGUACAUUAACCACAAUACCGGUGUCUUCUACAACAUCAAAUCAAUCAGUCUCAUCGAAUAAUCUUGAUGGGAAAAUGAGUCGUGAUAAUGCCACACCAUCUCAAUGGUUUCAAAAUAUUUGUACAUUAUUAGCAAAUACGUUAAAAAAAUAUCCAAUUGAUUUUACGUCUAUUUUAUAUUAUAUUUAUGAUCAAUUAUUUUUGGAAAAAUCAUAUGAUUUAUAUCUAUUACGUGAAAUCAUAACAAAAAUGAGUGGAAUAGAAAUAUCAGCAGCUGUUACUGCAGAACAAUUGGAUGCAGCAGCCGGUGGAGAAUUGUUGAGAAAUGAAGCAGGAAAUUUUACAGCCGCAAGAAAUGUUAAAAAACCAUCUAUACGAUUGAAAGAAGCUCUUUUAGAAAAUUCUAUUUAUUUACCAUUAUCAAUUAUCAUUGCUCAACAACGAAAUUGUAUCGUAUUCAAAUUUGGAGCACAAAAACAUGAACAUUUAAAACUAAUUGGAAAUCUAUAUGAUCAGUGUCAAGAUGCGAUGGUUCAAUUUUACACAUUUUUAUCGAAUAUGUUAACUAGUGAAAAUUUCUCAACUAGUUUUCCGUCAAUCAAAGAUUUAGUACUUGGAUAUCAUUUACAAGUGGAUGCAGCAUUUCAUAUUUCAAGACCGUUAUUUAAUUUAAAUGUUCAGGCUAAAUUCGACGAAUUGAAACAAAAUAAUAUGCCCAAAUCCAUGACAAAAUCACAAGAAAAAACAUUUUUGGCUCAAAAAUAUAUUGAAUCUGUGAACACUGUUAUGUCGCCUAUCCUGGAUAUGGUCAAAUCGUUACAUACAAAACGAACAUGGGAAGAAAUGACUCCUCAAUUCUAUUUGACAUUUUGGGCUUUGUCAAAGUCUGAUUUGUAUGUACCAGAGCAAGCAUAUAAACGGCGUAUUCAAGCACUUGAACAAGAAAUGAUUCAAAACGAAGAUAGAAAAGAAUUGACACAAGCUAAAAGACGUAAAGAAAAAGACAAGAUAAAUAUUAUUAUUGAUAAAUUAGCCGAAGAAUUGAUAAAACAAAAAGAACAUGUUGAACGUGUUCGAGCAAGACUGGACGUUGAAAAAGAUAUUUGGUUUAACAAUCGUAAUAAAACAAAAGCGGAAACAAUCACCGAAUUUCUUCAGUUGUGCAUAUUUCCUCGUUGUCUACUGAGUGAAAUAGAUGCAUUGUAUUGUGCACAAUUUAUUCGAAUAAUACAUGAUUUGGCUACACCAAAUUUUAGUACAAUUAUUUGUUAUGAUAGAAUAUUUUCCGAUAUAUCCUACUCAUUGGCAUCAUGUAGUGAAAAUGAAGCAAUACGUUAUGGAAGAUUUUUAUUAUGCUUGUUAGAGACAGUUAUGAGUUGGCAUUCGGACAAAGUUAAAUAUGAAAAAGAGUGUGGUAAUCAUCCCGGUUUUCUAACAGUAUUUCGCAAUUCAGUGGCCACAUCAUCAUUAAAUAAGACCAUAGGUUCAACAGCAUCAACAACAUCUCAACAGUCACCUGAGCAAUUAGAUUAUGAAAAUUAUCGUCAUGUUUGUCAUAAAUGGCAUUAUAAACUAGCGAAAAGUUUUAUUGUUUGUUUGGAUUCUAAUGAUUAUAUUCAAAUUCGAAAUGUUUUACAAGUAUUAACGGUGCUACUACCCAUUUAUCCUCGGAUGACUACAUUUUAUACAGCAUUAGAAAGACGUAUUAAAAAUAUAUGUAAUGCAGAGAAAGAUAAACGUCCGGAUUUGUUUGCAUUAGCCAAAUGUUAUAGUGGACGAUUAGCUCAGAAAUACCAGGAUAUGUGCGAAGAAAAUCAAUUCCAUGUUGUGUCAGAAAGAGUAGCGUCUGCACAAGCUACAACAAAUAGUACGAAUAAAACAAAUUCAUCGUCUAACAACAAUGCAACUUCUACUACAUCAACUUCAGUCUCCACUGCAACAACAACAUCAUCAGUUGCAACGGCUAUAGGUCAACAGUCACGUUCUACAACACCGACAAUAACAAACGGGAUGACAACAGCUAAUUCAGCGACAAAGCCAUCAUCGUCUGUUGCCAGUGAUAAGCAGCAGCCAUCCUCGGUAUCGACUAAUUCAAUUCCCGCUCAAACAUCUACAUCGACAACGAUGGUUAAACAAAAAUCGGAUUCACCUGCUUCAAAUCAAACUGCACCAAAAACAACUGUAAUCGCUCCUAUCUCUGCUCAAGUUCCAUCUAAAAAACCGACUGAUACAAGCACAACAGCAAUAACAACUGUUGCAGAUACUCAUGACCGUCCAAGCAAAUUAGCACUGAAAAAUGGAGCUACAGAUACCUCAUCCUCAGCAGCACAAGCAGCUAAAGUAAAACUAGAUCGUACACUACAUGGCCCAUCUGUUCCAACAACAUCCGCAUCAUCUUCAAAUCCUGGUGGUCCAUUACAAUUAAAAUCAUCCUCAACUGACACUCAAGUAAAAGUAAAAUCAGAAAAUAUUGAUCCAAAACAACAACAGCCAACACGUACAAUUAAAUUGACAAAUAGUGGAGAAAAAACAACAAAUAAUAAUUUGGAACAUUCAUCAUCGUCAUCAUCUCAUCAUCAUUCCCAUCGAACAGACACAGAAAAAAAAGAUAGUCAAUCAAAUGCGACGACCAUAGCAACAGUCAAUACGAAAAAAGAACCUAAAGAACAAAGUAGUACAAAUAGCAGGCGACAACAGGCACCUAUGAUUGAUUCAUCAAAAGAUAAAGAACGUCGAGCUGAUGCGGAUAGCAAUACUACCUCACCAAAAACUUCAGCAGAAAGGACAACAUCUGUUCCAUCUUCGUCUGCACGUGCAGUAGACUCGUUUUCCAGUCGAUUACGUCCCCCUCCAAGACAUGUGACCACAACUGAUGAUCCAACUAAAAGAUCGGAUUUGACAAAUGGUUUAAAAUCUUCAUCUUCGUCAAAUACUAUCGAUUCGUCUACUAUAAAAACUAGUCGAGCUGUAUCACCCGAACUAGUUCAACCAGAUAAAAAACGGCGAGGUGAUUCUUCUAAGGGUAGUGAUCGAAUUGUAACAACAAAAGGAAAUGAUGAAAGUAAUAAUGAUCGUCAUCGAGAUAGGAAAAACGAGCUUACUUCAUCUGAAGUGAAAAAACGUAUUCGCUCUCAGAGUCAUGAUAAGAAUUUUUCAUCCAAUGUGAGGCGAUUGAAUAAUACAACAGAUGGUGUAACAUCAAACAGCAACAGUAUAAAUGAAGACAACGAUUCACCAUCACAAUCAGCUACCCUAUCUGCUUCAAAACGAAUUAAAACAACAAUGUCAGCCGAAAAUGAUAGAAGUCAUACGGUAAACGAACAACAAAAAGCAUCAUUUUUAAGAGACAAUGAUAAUGGGAAGAAAGGAAGUCCAGGAAAAAAGGAUUAUCGUGACGAUCGUCAUGAACGAAGUACGAGGGUGGCAUCAUCAUCACGUGAUAGAAGAGAAAAAUAG